AUGGAAUUGGCGUGCCACAAUAUCGUGGAGGAGCCCACCGAAGCCAACCUGGUUAGGCUGUUGGACCUGUGGUCGGCGGAAUGGAGGCAUCAAGUGCGCACCCGUGUCGUAGGGCCUGGAGCGUUCGAGAAGUACUGCACGCUGGGCUUCUUCGGGCACGGCGGAGUGUGUGGUGUAUCCAACGCAACGAGCAAGCGAGCGGCUUGCACUGCAGUGAACCGUUUCUUGAAGAGUCGCUUUCCGAACGGCACCUGGACCUCCAUCGCCGUGCUUUUCAACCCUCGCAUGGGCCUGCACCGCGACAUUCAGAACAUGCCAGGGCACUUGAAUCAUGCUUUGGCUCUCGGCGAUUACACCGGGGGGCGGGCGUGGAUCGAAGACGACCAGGGCGACUCUACCGCGCUGCUGGCCGGCAAGAAGGGCGACCGGGAGCUGCGGGGACGAUGGCUGGACAUGCACGACAAGCCCGUUAGCUUCAAUGCUCGCCGAUAUCACAUGGUGGAGCCACACCAGGGCAGCAUGUGGGCUCUCGCAGCUUAUGUUCCGCAAGCCUACGCUCGCUCGACUGAGCAGCACCGAGAGGCGCUGAGAGAAGCGCUGGACAUCUGCAUCGCUUCCGCGACGCUCCUAGAGUGCCCGUUGCUGCCGCCUCCCCCGCCCUGCCCGUUGGAAUCUCCGGCGAGCGUCUUCGCCGACUUCGAAACGUCUGAAGCCCUGUUGCCUCUUUGUCGACGUCCCGCCGAGAAAGCCAGAGUGGCACUCGGCACCUGCCGCGGACGGCUUCUCCUCGGCACCGACGUCCUCGACUUCGACAGCAAGAUGAAGGAUGUGGGGGAUGGAGUCCUGACGUUCCAGUCGAUUUUGCCCUGCACGGUUGCGAAUAGGAGCCCGUGCAAUGGGAGUGCGUACGCGAUCCUGCAUGGCGAUGGCACCGCGGAGGCGGUGGGGCAACCUUAUGGCGGCGGCCAAGGCGGCGCAAAGAGGGUGAAAGCGGUGCAGUGCAACAGCCGCGCCUUCGCAGCCCUCUUGGAUGAUGGAGACGUCGUGGUUUGGGGUGACCAAAAAUGUGGCGGCGAGCUGGAAGCAGGGGUGCGCGUGGAGGGAGUCGAGCAACUCCAGGCCACCGACACCGCCUUCAUGGCCAUAAAGUGGCAUGGCACCAUCGAGUGCUGGGGUAACCCGGACCGAGGCGGGACGGAGCCCCUUCUGCCCCAGGCCAGAGUUUUUGCGGCGGACACGGUGCGGGCGCUUCAUGCCAGUCCACACGUAGACAUCGACUUGGAGCUACGCAGUGAUUGGUGGCACGGCGUACACGAGCUAAGCUCCAGCGUGUACAGGCUGGUUUUCUGCGUGGCUGACGGGUCGAUCCCGAGAGGCGUUCACUCGGUCCAAGGCCUCGCCGCUGGUGACAAAGUCCUGCCUACUGCUCUCUGUAUUUGCAUCGGCAUGUUCCGCGAGUUGACUCUGCACUCAGACGUCUUCCAGGCUGCCCUGCAUCCGCCCUGCGUGUCGUGGACGGGGAUGGGGAUCGAAGUGAUCACGGCGGAACUGGAACUGCGCGUUGAGCUCGCAAUUGCCGCCGGCCAGCACCUUGAGCUCCGCCACACCCGCCUGGUUGUUGGCGUCGAGAAGCAGCUUGGCAUCUCCCGUGGGAAGGGCAGGCUGGCCUCGGGGCCCAGCGUCCCGUUGAUCCGCACGGUGUCGUCCAUCAUAAUCCCGUUGGUGCCACCCUGGACGGUGAGCCAGGGCGCCGCCGGAUCAGAGCGCACCAGGGCGCUUCGAGCCUGA